AUGAGUGAACAACCCAUUCAAAUAGAGCUUUGUUCACAAGAUUAUUCAGAAACACCUCUCCCAAUUUCUCAGUUUCAAGACCCUGAGACAAAUACUUUACAAUACCAACAAGAAGAAAUAUCACCUGAAGUUCUUCAAAAAAAGCAAGAAAUGGUUGAAGAAAUUGAAAAUGAAGAAACUUCCAAACAACCUGAUCAGCCAACUCAAAACGAAACAUUCGCAAGAACUAGUUUUAGCUCACUUCCACAAUUGUCUUUAGUUGAUUUAAGGCAGUAUGUCAAAACAUACCCAAUUACUUCAAUAACUGGACUGAACAUAUCAAAUAAUAGAAUGGCAAAUCUGUCUCUACCAAAUCUGGUAUCAUUAAAAGAAUUAAAUAUUUCCCAUAAUGCUUUUAAAAAGAUACCAACAGUAUUAUCUAUUUUUACUCAACUAACACGUCUAGAUAUUUCAUAUAAUUAUAUUAAAUCACUUGGUAUAUUAAAAACUCAUAAAUCAAUACGAUUUCUUGAUAUUCAUCACAAUAAUAUCCAUAAGUUAAACUUUGACCAUUAUGAAACAGCAUCUAACUUGAUUCAUUUUGACAUAUCUGAUAAUUAUAUUGCCUCUCCAUUGGACAGUUCGGAAACAUUUUAUUAUACAUUCCCUUCUAUAUACUUUCAGCGGAGUCCAACAUUUAUUAUAUGGGGAUUAUAUCUUGGUUCAGUAAAUUCAACUUAUGACAUUGAAUUUAUUAAAGGAUUAGGAAUUGGUUGUGUUCUUUCAGUAGGUAAAAAACCAAUUCAUGAACUUGAUGGAUAUAAUUUGUUCAUACCUAUUGAAGAUAGUCCUACAGAAAAUAUCAUGGAAUUCCUUCAAACAGCACUACUUUUUAUCGAUGAAAAUAUUAAAAGAAGCAGGGCUGUAUUAGUUCAUUGUGAAUGUGGAGUAAGUCGAAGUGCUAGUGUUGUAAUAGCCUAUAUGAUGAAAAAAUAUAAUAUGAAUUAUGAAAAUGCACUAAGGUUUGUGUCUUCUAAACGUAAAUGUGUUUUUCCUAAUCGUGGGUUUGAACAACAAUUACUUCAAUUUGAAAAAACUACUUUCACAUUUGGUUUGGAAGAAAAAGAGAAGAAAGCAAAAAGGAGAUGGAUCAACUAA